UCCUCUCGCUCUCCGCCUCCAUCAGCUCGAGCCGCUUCCUUCCACCCACCACGCACCACCUGACCUCCCUUCCCUCAUCGGCUCCUCCUCGUUCCCACUAGGCAGGAACGCCGCGCGCCGAGCCGAGCUAGCGGCCGGAAUGCCCGCGCAGAAGCGCCCGCUCCCGUCGUCUGCCUCGCCCGGCUCCGACGCCGACGUCGAGGAAGCUCCUGGCGCCGACGCGGACGGCUGCGGCGGGGCCGACCAACGGUCGCCGAAGGUGACGCUGAACGGAGUGGAGGAGCGGGACGGCGGGCCGCUGCAGGCCAAGGACCAGCGCCACGAUUCCGACGCUGACGACGAGGAGGAAGGAGACCGCGAAGGCGGCGGCGGCGGGGACGGGAGCGGGAGCGGAGGCGACGACGACUGCGACAGCCAGUCGUCGCAGAGUGACGGCGUGAUGGACGAGUUUACGCUUGUGAAAUUAGUGGAUGUUCGGAAGGAAGUGCAAUGCCCUAUAUGCCUAGGAAUUAUUCGGAAGACAAGGACAGUCAUGGAGUGUUUGCACCGGUUUUGCAGGGACUGCAUAGAUAAAUCGAUGCGGCUUGGAAAUAACGAAUGCCCAGCGUGCCGCACUCAUUGUGCUAGUAGACGUUCCUUGAGGGAUGAUCCUAACUACGAUGCUUUGAUUCUAGCUUUAUAUCCAGAUAUUGAUAAGUAUGAGGAAGAGGAACUUGCAUUCAGUGAAGAGGAAAGGACCCGUAACAAAAGGAUUCAAGAAUCCAUUGCUGAGACAUUUCGGAGGCAAACAGAAGCACUUGUGAAGAAGCGCUCCACUGUAAAAGCAACAGAUGCAGCUUCUACAAGGAAGACUCGACGGAAUAUGCGACCAAGGAGGAGAGGACGAAUUAGUUCUCCUGAUAUUGCCCCAACUGAUUUUGACGAUGAUGAUAGAGAAGAGAACGGUGAUGAUGGAAGCAAGGAGUCGUCUUCUGUUGAUGAUCACUCCCCAGAUGUAAGGCCAAAAAGAUCUCGGAGGUGGCCCAUGCCACGCCGUUCCCCUGCUAAGGCCAUUGGCAAUACCGACAAUAGCAUUGAGGAUAAUGACGACUCAGGAGGUGCUAGGGACUUUAUGACUGCUUCUCCGCUGCGGGGAGAGAUGCUUGCAUGGGGGAAAAAUGGCACCCGCAGCCAAACCCGGCAUGGCAACUCCAGUGGCUCCAGCGGAAGGAUGGGCAGGAGUGGCCGUGUUGCCAAGUUGGUAGAUCAGUUCCGUAAUGCUGAUGACUUCGAUAAUGAGUUGAACCUGUAUCUUGUCCUGCUUCCACUUGAUGGUCAAAGUGUGCCUAAACUGGAAAAGCCCUACCUCAGUUGCCUGCCAACACUAUCUGUUCGGCAUCUCUGCCAGUUUGUUGCUCUCCAGUUGUCUCGGCAACCCAAAGAAGUCGAGAUAUAUAUCAGGAAAAGCAAGGAUGCAUGCUUGUCAGCCAAUUACACCUGUAAAUACGAGACAAAGCCAGAACAGCCUAAUGGUUUAGAGAGACUGUGGGAAGAGAAGUCUCUUUCGGAUCUCUACCCUUCCCUCGCCACCCGUCAAGGAGAUCUGGAAUUGUUAUACUCUCUGAAAGCACAAGGACAGGGGUAGAUCAGAUAUUCACUAUCAACUCGACCAGUCGCCUCAACGCCACUGUCUGCAAGGACCUUCAACUGGUGGAAGCUUGUACAUAAGGCUUUCAAUAUAGAAAAAGAUCUGAAAGUAGCUUACUUGUUUUAAAUUUGCUCUGAUAUCUUGUGAGGUAUAUGGUAUACCCAGGUUCAUUAGUAAAAAUGUGUGGAGUUGAGCAGUAGCAAACCAACCAUCUGAAACAGGCUGAGCAAAGCUUGUCUAUUUCUGCAGCCAGUAUUAAUUGUGUCCCAUUUGAACUGAUGCAAGUACUGAGGACCUCUGUUCCAGGAUGAUCCGUGGCUUGCUGUCGUCGCCUUGUGUGACGCGUUCGCGUUAUCCAUGUUGUCACGCCACGUGUCCGCGAAUUAGAAUGUCCAGUUGUUAACCAGUAGGAAAUGGUAAACAUCUGCAGCUUUGUAGGGACAGUAUUGAAAUUUUUAUUGUUUAUACAAUAAAGCUCACGGGUC